AUGGGGGUUUCCAUUGUGCAAGAGCAGCGUGAAAUAAUCCUGGAUACCCUCAAGAACAUUACACAAGGAGAUUGGAAAGUCCUAGUCAUAGACGAAGAAACCAAGAAGAUCCUCGACAAUGUGGUCAAGGAAGAUGACAUUCUCAACCAGAACAUCGCAAACAUUGAGCGCAUCGAGGAGCGCAGGGACAUGAACCCGACCAUGGACGCCAUCUACCUGAUCUCCCCGCUCCCCUAUGUUGUUGACUGCGUCAUGGCCGACUUCGAGAGCCGCCGCUACCAGAAGAGCUUCCUGGUUUGGACCGGCGUCCUGGACCCCCAGCUGCGGCACCGGAUAGACAAGUCGCCAAUGGCACAGAGGGCGCUGGGCGGCUUCGAGACCUUGUCCAUAGACUUCUUCCCGCGCGAGUCGCAUCUCGUGACUUUCAGGGAUCCCUGGAGCUUCCCGGUUCUAUACCACCCAGCUUGCAACGGACUGAUAGCGAGGCACAUGCGCGAGCUGGCGCAAAAGAUUACAGGUCUCUGCGUGGCGCUCGGGGAGUAUCCCAAGGUCAGGUACUACCGUCCCAAGGCGCCUUUACACGAGGCUGCUGUCCUCAGCUCCCACCUUGCGAGGUUUGUGUCGGAGGAGCUCGACUCAUACGCGCAGUGGAACCCGAACUUCCCACCACCGUCUACAAGACCGCAAGGCGUGCUGCUGGUGACGGACAGGUCGAUGGACCUGAUGGCACCCUUGGUCCACGAAUUCACCUACCAAGCCAUGGCUCAUGACCUUCUCCCGAUUCAGGAUGGCGCCAAGACCACCUUCCACAUGACCGUCAAUGAAGGCUCGCCGGAGGCCGAGGAGAAGGACAUGGAGCUCAGCGACAAGGACAAGGUGUGGGUGGACAAUCGACAUCGCCACAUGAAAGACACCAUCGACAAGUUGAUGAGCGACUUUCAAAAAUUCUUGGACCAAAACCCCCACUUCACCAACGCAAACAGCGAUACGACCAGUCUCAAUGCGAUUAAAGAUAUGAUGGCCGGGUUGCCGCAGUUCCAAGAAAUGAAGGAGUCGUAUUCGCUUCACCUGACCAUGGCCCAGGAGUGUAUGAACAAGUUCCAGCACCAAAAACUACCAGAUAUAGCAUCGUCAGAACAAACAAUGGCGACUGGGCUCGAUGAGGAUUUCCGGAAACCGAAAAACGUGCUGGAAGCCGUGGCCCAGCUUCUAGAUGACGAUGCGAUAACGCAGUCGGACCGGCUGCGGCUGAUCAUCAUGUACGCCUUGUACCGGGACGGCGUGAUCUCAGAAGAUAUCAAGCGCUUGCUAGCACAUGCGGCGCUCCCCCCUCAGGACGGUGAAGUGGUACAAAACAUGGAGCUUCUAGGUGGACGGACAACCCGCGGCCUGAAAGACCCCAAACGUGACACGACUCCUAUUUUCCCCAUCGAUACCAAGAACGCGGUUCCUGACGGGGAAUACGCACUUUCCCGUUUCCAGCCCGUGCUGAAACCCUUAUUAGAGCAUCUCUGCAGGGGCGUCCUCGACCAGACACAAUUCCCAUACGUCAAGCCGCCGCUCGACCCCAACGAGGACGCCAUCAUCGGCCAGGGCUCCCUACGUGCGGCAAAGCCGUCAUGGGCAGGUGCUGGCCGCCGUGUCCCCGAGAAUCGCCAGAGGAUGAUUGUCUUCAUGGCUGGCGGAGCCACAUUCUCCGAGGCUCGCACGUGCUACGAGGUCGGCAAUCAGCUCGGCCGCGACGUCGUGCUCGCCACAAGCCACAUGCUGACGCCGCAGCUGUUCGUCCGCCAGGUCGGGGACCUGAGCGUCGACAAGCGCCGUCUCGACCUCCCGAUGGACCGCCCGCCCAAGCGUGCUCCAGCGCACCUCUUCGAGCGACCGGCUCCGCCCGUGGCUGCCGCGCCUCCGCCGCCGGGCAUGGGAACGGGCAUGCCGAACCGACGUCCCGCCCCCGGCGCGGCCCCGGGAGGCCUGCCCGGCGGUCCGAGGGUGGGCGGUCCCGCACCACCCACGCAGGCGAUGGGCCAGAUGAGCCUGGGCUCGGGCGGCAGGCAGAUGUCGCCCGCGAACGGCGGGCCCGGCGCGGUCCCCAGCCCCAGCCCCAGCACCCCGCACAAGCUGGAGAAGGAGAAGAAGAAGCGCGGCUUCCUGGGCAUCAAGAAGAGCAGCCACGGCUAA